AUGGAGGAUGGAGAAGCGGUGGUGGAGAGCGUGGGCUAUCUUUCCUUCGAUCCCCCCGAGCAGCCCGCACCCGAGGAUCGCCCCGUUGGGGCCUACUACAUCUCCAACAGCCGCAUUGGGGAGAUUCGGCCCCGGCCCGAUACGGGGAGCGACGAUGACAACACAGCCGCCAGUUCGAGCAGCGAUGAAGAUGACGACACCGACUGGUCCGACUCGGACGACGAGGCUCACCAGCCGCAGCGUCCGGCCGAGGGUAUUGGACCUGUACAAGACAGCAUCUGGAACGCGAGAUUCCAGCAGUUGGUGCGACUCCCGGACACGGAAAGCAAGUACCAGCAGCUGGCCUACCUGGCCCACGACUUUCAGCAUGCCGCUGAAGUGUACGGCCGCAUCAUCAUCAGCGAGCGGUUUGUGCCGGUCGAGUUCAAAACCAUCAAGCCCCUGGACAUUGGUGGCAUUGCGGGAGGGGAGAAGUUUAUCGUCCAGAGCAUCCUCUUCAAGUAUGCCCUCGACACAGAUGUGAUGCCGGGGCUUUGGAUGUACGGCGGCGACUUCCCGGAUGACGCAUCCGCCAUGAAGGCAGCAGGGCACGAGCUUCGCUCGCUGGCGCGGCUGGAGGAUUCGGGCGCGAUAGAGGAGGGCAUAUUCCUUCCGCUGGAAACGUUGGUGGACUAUCGGGGAUUCCGUCUUUUGGCGGUCUCCGUGCUGCCCGUGUCUCGCAAGACCAUUUGCUACGGCUCUCAUGACGCUGGCCUCACCGUGCACUCGGACUACCCCGCCUUUAACAGAAAGCUCAAGGCGAUCUUCACCCGCCUUAAUCUCAAGGGCCAUCGGGUCAAAAAGAAGAUACUCUACGGACCCGGAGACAUCGAGGGUCAUUGGGGAGCUGACGGGAAGCUGUACCUACUGGACUUCUCGCGCCUCUACCCGCCUGAGAGCAUCCAGCAGACACAAGCGCUCUUCCCCACCAACCCCAUGGCCAGCCGCGCCCUGUUCUACAAGAUGCUGCGCCCUGAGCUGGUGUCGUCCUACCAGAAGCCGCUCUGCAGCGAUGCCUUCUCACUUUGGCUGAAGGGGGACCCGCUGGCCAAGGAGCACAACGACGAGGUGCGGGCUGCGACCACGAGGCUCAUCGAGGGGAUCAUCCCCGAUCUGGCCCUCGAGAUCGUGUUCCGGUGCCUCAAGCUGAAGGACGAUGCGCUCAACGAGACGGAGACCGUGCAGGUCCUGCACACGCACCUGCAGCACAUCCUGCACCGAAUGCACACCUGUGGCGUGAACAUGCGCUUCCUGGGCGCACUGCGCAGCCGAUUCCUCGUAACGGCCAAGCAGUACGACCUCCACCUCAUGGGCCACAUCGACACCGUCUACUCGUCCCUCAUGUUCACCGAGAUGGCCGCGCGGGUGGCCAAGAACAUGAUCCGCGCCCUCCUCCGCGAAAAGAUGAAGCAGCUUAAGGUGCCCUCCAGCGAACCCUACCGGCAACUGGUGUUGAAUCUGUUCAACCUCUUCAGCGGCCAAGCGGCCGCCUCCACCCGAUUUUGGACCUCUGUCGUCCCGCCCACCCUCGACCCCACAUCUGCCCCCGUCAAGUCCGAUGGCGAGGCCGGGCAGCAGCCCAACUCGGCCGAGGGGCGGAAUGUGGAGUACUACAUCUACCACCAGUGCCUGGGCCUCAAGAACGAGCCGUCCCCGGCCACGACCUCCCUGCCUGUCGGCAGUCCCCACACCAACAUGCUCGACCCCAAGAGCCACAGCAAGGGCGUGAUCUUCACCCAGUGGCUGAGCUCCGAGGCACUCGGUACGCGAGGCCCAUCUCUCGCUCCUCCUUUGCGUGCAAGGCGCGUGUGCUCAGGGCGAUCGAUUUCCUGA